GACUCACUAGUUUCGCUCGAACCUCCUUAAGGGGAUACGCUACCGGACCUCUUUCUCACACUCAGAAAAAUGAACGGGACUAUCUUUGUUGCACUCGUUGAGUAAAUGAGAAUUUUAAAACAAUUUUUCUCGGAGACGAAUUAUAAUUUUUGGAAAUACGAAAAUUCUAGGCCUCCGUUAAGGUUUUAAAAAACGCUAAAGACUCUCUAUUUUACGUUUCUAGUGUUUGUCCGUAAAUUAAAUUAAAUUGAAAAUCAGUUACCGUUACCCCUUAACUAAACAGUCGAAUUUACAAAUGUUCAUGUAAAUAAACGUGAUUUUAUAUAUAUUGUGAAAUAUUCAAUAUAAAAGGCUACAUUUUUAAAUAAAAUUUUAUAUUAACGUGAUACACACAUCUCCUUGUUGUUACAGUCAUAUGAUUUUCAAGUUGUUUGUUAAGACUCUCUUAGUCACCUGUCAUAAGCAUAAAUGAAUUACAAUUUUUGAGAAUAAUAGUUCUCGCUUAAUCGUAUACACUGAGAUUUAAUGACAUACAACUAUUCGUUUUAUAAAAUCUAUUUUUGGCGAAAUGAAGCGAAACGUUGGGAAGGAAAAAUGAUCAGUAGUCCAACACUUGGUCCAAUAUCUUAUGAUCCCAGUAUGGUUAUUGGUAUUAUCUAAUUAAUUUGUCAGAAGUUUAGCGUGUUUUGAUUUUUUUUAAUUCUUUUAAAAAUGGCAAAUCUUGACGCAUACAGAAAACUCAAUAUGUUAUCAACAGAUGCCAAACCUGAUCCACCUCGGAUAAGUCUAUCUUAUAUGAAUGAUGACACUAAAAAUGCGACUUGUAAGCAACAAGAAAACUUUUCUCAUAAAGUGCAGUCCUAUCCACUAUUAGAAGAGCAGAAUGCAUUAAAAAAGCCAAAAAAUAAGAGCAUUGGAGAUGUUGUCAAUUACAACAUUAUCAAUUCUAACUAUGUUACCAUUGGAACAACAAAUACUUAUUCUUGCAAUAUAAGACAAGUUUCAGGAACUAACCACCGGCGAACUAAAACAUCAAGUAAUUAUGUUGUUUCAGAAAUGCCGCAGCACGUAAAAGUAUUGAGCUUAAGCGAGCAACAGCUCACUAUCGAACAUAUGUUUCUUAUUAAAACGCAUAUAGGAUAUGGUUGGAGAAGAGUAUUUGAAUCAUUAGGUUACUCAAAAGGACAAAUAGAUCAGUUUGUAGAGAAUCAUCGAAUGAAAGGAAUUGAUGAGGUUAUUUACCAACUCCUCCUUGAUUGGAAAUAUUUGAAUGGUCGAAAUGCUUCUAUUGGAACUAUCAUUAAUCACUUGUGGAAAUGUCAAAUAUAUGAUUGUGCUGAAAAAUUAGCUGCAACGGGAUAAAUUUUCAAUAAAUGUAAAUAUUGGGCUGCACUCGAGCCAAGAUAAGACAAGAUUGGAACGAUCUUGUCUCGAUCUUGACACUUUUCUUCUCGUCUUGAUCUCGAACUCAAAAUAUAAUUAUCGUAAUAAUCUCGAAAAUCAGCCAAUUCUUUAUAUCGUCUUGUCUUGACUUGUCAAGAUCUUGUCUUGGUCUUGAAUUACUCUGAAUUUUUCUUAAAUUAAUUUGAAAUAGUUAACACAUAUAUAUUUUAUUGGUUUGUAUUUUAUAAUUGGGAUAAUUUUUAAAAAUGUCUUGAAUUUUGUUACCGAAUUUUUCAUUCUUUUUUAAAAUAAACGAGCUUCCAUAGUAUUUUAAAAAUGAUAUUAUAAUUCCAUGUAAUAAAAUUAAUAAUGUUAAAUGAUUGUAAACAAUAAGAUUAUAAUCAUAUGAUCUUAUCUUACGUGCUUAUCAUAUACUCACUGUUAAAAAUGUCAAUGAA